UGUCCUCCUGGAAGUUUCUCCCAUCUUCACAGAGGAACUCUGGAGCUCUGUCAGAGUGACCAUCGGAUUCUUGGUCACCUCCCUGACCAAGGCCCUUCUCCCCUGAUUGCUCAGUUUGGCCGGGCUGCCAGCUCUAGGAAGUGUCUUGGUGGUUCCAAAAUUCUUCCAUUUAAGAAUGAUGGAGACCACUGUGUUCUUGGGGACCUUCAAUGCUGCAGAAAUGUGUUGGUACCCUUCCCCAGAUCUGUGUUUUGACACAAUCGGAGCUCUAAGGACAAUUCCUUAACCUCAUAUGGCUUGGUUUUUGCUCUGACAUGCAAUGUAACACAAGCAUUUCUCUGCACCCGCUAUAACAUCUGCUAGACUUUAUGCAUCCCCAUUUCCUUCAUUUUAUUCAACACAACCUUUCAUAGAGAUCAUAUCAGUAUCAGUCUUAAUUAAUGCGUAGGGGACCAAGAGGUAAAUGGUUCCUAAUCACCACCCUGUUAGUCAUAUCACAUAUGCUAUGGACCUUGUGUUGUGUUCAUUAUAGUAGGCAAUGGUAAACAUUUUGAAAUGGAAAACGUUUAUGAGUGUUUCUUAUUGGACAAGUCCAUGUAGUUCCUCCCUGUUUCAGACGUUUUUCAUUUGUUUGCUGCCUAAUGAACACAACCCUUGGUGUGUGGUUAUGAUUUUAUGUUUCAUACUGAUACUAGAAGAGGAGAGGAACUCUGAGAGAGGAAGGGUGUCACCACCUCGCAAGAUCUCUGUCUUGUUAUCAUUUCCUGUUUGGGCUUCAUGUUCCUUGAAACGCUCUCAUUGUGUGCUUGUGGUUUCAACGUUGUGUGUGUGUGAGGGGGGGGGUCUAGGGUAAAGAGGAUGCCAAUAACAACAGAAGGAACGCUAAACUGGCACAGUUCCUUUAAAGGCCCUCCAUCGCCUCCCUCCGCUCCCCAGUGUCACAUCCCCUAUACGGAGGGACGACAGGCAGAUAUCCACUGUUUCUGGGAUCCAGGACAGAACCCACAGAUCCCCACCUCCUACAGCCUGCACUGGAAUUCUACAGAGGGCAUUAGCAGCGUGGUGGAGGGCACCAAUGUGAGUGGCGUGAUCCCUCGUGAACUUUACACCAGUUACAGUGACCUGACUGUGUUGGUCAAAGCUGCGAACCAGCAUGGCUCUGCCACGUCUACAAUGGCUGCCUUCAACACUGGAGAUAUCAAAAAGCCACCCACCCCUGAAAUCACUCACCAUUGCCCUCAGCCCCUGGAGAUCUACUGGAUUGUGCAGUGUGAGGAUCAAGGCAGCUCUGACCAACUGUGUGAGGUCCAGUAUCGCCCCCAGGACCAGCAGGGCUGGACUCAGGAAGAGGACAUCCUACGCAGCUUCCUACUCCUGACUCCACGGCCCUACACUGUUUAUGAGUUCCAGGUUCGCUGUGCCUGUGAAGGCCCUCAGGCCCUGAUGAGUGACUGGAGCUCAGUCUACAAAGCAUGGAGUUCUGAGUCAGCGCCUGUGAAAGCAUUGGAUGUGUGGAGUGACUGUGGAGUCACCUCUGAGCUUUCUCAAUGUGCCCUUAUGUGGAAGGAGAUGCCCACCUGGUUGGCUCAGGGGAAGGUGCUGGGGUACGUGGUGACAUUAUCAUACAGUAACGGGACAGUGGCGGUUGUGAACGUGUCUAUGUCAAAGCCUGGUGGCCUUUGUGUCUGUCAAGAGAAGAGAUGCCGCUUCACACCCUCUCUGUGGGGUGUAUCAGGGGUGGAUGUGUCCGUCUACAAUUCCCAGGGUGCCAGCAAACCUGCUCCCCUAGCUCUACCCACAUCAGGUCUACAGGUGCCAGAGUUAUCCUUCACUGUGAACCAGGAUAUAUUGAGCCUCAAUGUAUCCUGGUCCCUGCCACCCCAGCCCAUUGAAAACAUGCAUGAGUAUGUGGUGCAGUACAAGCAGGUGGGACUUCCUCCGACACAGGGCUUUGAUUGGAUUAUAGUGCACCAAAACCAUACGUCAGUCAUUUUAAGAGGUGAUUUUGAGAACCACACUGCCUACAAUGUGUCAUUGUUUGCAGUGUUCAUCAACAGUAGCUGCCUGCUUGCGUCUGCAAUCUCGUAUUCUCUUCAUGGACUCCCACCCAAAGUGACUGAGUUCAAGGUUCAGCACAUCUCUGACUCUCAAGUAACUUUGUCCUGGCAACACAUCUCCCUGACCCAGAGUAAGGGGCUCAUACUGUGCUAUCAGCUGGUAUUAAACAACGUUACAGUGUACAACGUGAGUAGGGACCAGAACAGCCUCCAUCUGUUAGGACUUACAUCUGGUCACCACCAGGUUUGGAUCAGGGCUGAGACUAAGGCUGGACUGGGACCCAGUGAAACCAUCAACUUCUCUACUGAGAACAGCCAUGGUUUCCUCAAAUAUCUGGUGCCAGGAAUAAUAGCAGGGAUGUUGCUAUUGAUCAUCAUAAUUGUACAAAUGAAGACUUGUGCGAAAGUGCCUGACCCCAGCAACAGCAAACUGCUCCAACAGAUGAAGUUGCAGUUUAACAGCUCCUUGACGGCGAUCUUCUCUCCUCUGGAGUCUAACCCAAAGAUCUCUGAGCUGGAGGUGGUGGAAAACCCUUUCUGGGAUGCCAAUGCCUGUCCUAGGAAAAGGUCCAGUCCUGAUGGACAGACAGAGGGGGUGGUGGGAGAGGAGCGCACCCACAUACGGACUGAUGAAGAGGCGGAAAAGGAGGAGGAUGCUGACGAGGGUUACAGUAGAAUUAUUGAUACUGACGAGGAGGAGAGGGAUGGGGGAGAGUCCGGGAGCUUGGUGGAGGACGAUCAGUUUGUUUCGGACUAUGAGAAGCAUUUCAUGCCAGUGGUUGUAUGACCCUACUGUCUGUCUGGUGGACGAUCAGUUUGUUUCGGACUAUGAGAAGCAUUUCAUGCCUGUGGUUGUAUGACCCUACUGUCUGUCUGGUGGACGAUCAGUUUGUUUCGGACUAUGAGAAGCAUUUCAUGCCAGUGGUUGUAUGACCCUACUGUCUGUCUGGUGUGGUGCUACUGAACAACUCUUUUGGUGUGUGUAUGUUCUCCUCAUUGCAACGACAAGACAGCCAUUGUUCAGUUGGAACCCCAUGGGCCAAACAGGUCAAUUGUGGGCUAUUGUGCUUGUUGAUCUAGAUGCAGAUCACUGAUUCAUGGGAAAGGGUCGCCCUAAAAACAACACAAGUGUUGAAAUACGCCACUCGUCUUGUUUUCAGGAAAAGGAAAAGGGAUGUAGUCGACCGGUUGUUUUCCAUGCUCCAACUACAAGGAAUGUUGUUUAGGAACAGUAAACCUUUUUAUACAGCAAAUGUAUACCUGUGUGAAAAACCACGUUGCCUACAGUGUACACUGUCAUGACGUGGCUCUCUUUAGAUAUAGCAAGCACCAACUCUCUCUUCCCCCUACACCCAGGCUCUUUUAUCUCAGACCCCCCGGCCAUGCAGUAUAGAGAGAGGGUUCACAGUAGAACAAAGGAACUUCUUCUACCUCACAGAACUUGAGAACUGAACAAUAUCCAUGUUUUGGAGAAUGUGUAAACGGUCGGUGGAGAAUCCAGCUACGACCGGUCCAUUUUGUCUAAUGUUUGUGACCUCAUGAGAGACAAUACAGCCACAUUACCAUAACUCUGUUUAAACAAGAGUCUCUGUUAUGAGAUUUGCAUCUCUAAUUAUUGUAUACAAUUAAUGAGUAAAGAUUAAACUAUUUGUGAAAUUAUGUAAUGUGAUUUCAUACAGUUUAAUGAAAGAGAAUCCAAUUCCCUUUAAAAUUUAACUAAGUCAUUGGCCCGCCACAUGAGCACAGACAUUGAUCUGGCUUCAUGGGACAGCCCUUUUCUGCUGUUCCGAAUAUAAACCCCACCAGGAGAAGCCCACUUCAGACUGUGCGUACCUCGAUUACCGAGAGGGCUAAGGUUUGAGUAGAGACCAUGCAUUCCUCGAUUGUUGAAUUCCUAACCAAACUAAGUGGAGCAUUGGCUACACUGGUGGAAAUGGUUCAACUCUGAGACUAUUGAUACCGACAGAAUAAGAGCAAAUAUUUUAUACUAAUUACUAGUUUGCAGCUAGAAUUUAUGUUGACUGAAUGCGAAGACUGACAACUGCCAAAACAUUUAUUCUAUAAGAACAUUUCUGAAUGGGACUCUGAAGUAUCCAUUCUAACCACAAAAGACUCCAGGGAUGCAAAGAGAAGUUCGGAUAAACUUUCCAACAGAAAGACGGACGAUUCCAACAGAGAUCAUGACGACACACUGAACAUAAAUAUAUAUAUUGAUUGCAAUUAUUCCCGAAUGAGUGAGCGUUCAUGUGCAAAGAAUUAGUAUUUCAAUUAUUAUAAUUAUCAACUGUG